AUGCAGGAGCUGCAGGACGCACAGGGGGUGCGGGGCGCUGUGGCAACGGGCCCGCGGGACGCCUACUGGCGCGGGGCGCUGCGGGGCGCGCAACGGGGGCGCGACACGCAGGACGCGCAGGCACUGCUGCGAGGCGCGCAGGGCAGGCGCACGCUGGGAGCGCAGGCGGACGUGUGCGAGGAUCGGGCUAUCGCUGGUUGGCCUACGGAGCUAGUUGGCCCACAGCGAUGGUUGGCCUGCGGAGCAAGGCAGAGCGAGGUUCGAGUCUGUCAGCGACGGGAAGGCUCGGGGACGUGCUGGAAGGCGCGGGAAGGUUCCAGAAUCAUCGGGGGCGCGCGAGAAGGUGCCAGGAGGGUCUGGUUGGCCAACGAAAAUUCCAGAAGGCACCAGAACGGGCCAGUGGCGCCCAGAACAGGCUGGAACAGCCCAGAAGCUUCCAGAAAUCUGCAGGGGCAGCAGAUUUCUCACCAGCAGCAGGGGGUCCACGAGCUGGUUGACCAGCAGAAUCCAGAAGCUUCCCAGGGGUGUGAAAUUACCAUUUAGUCCCUGAAACUUCUGGAAGGCAAAUUCUGGCCACAUGUUUGGGAGGGCUUUUCCACCACACAUUGAGGAGGUGGGCAGCCUAUAAAUAGGGGUGCUGGGGCAUUUGUCCAGCACCAUACCAGGAGCUUUGAGAGCAAUCCUUGAGAGCUAUUUGAGAGCACUCUCUCGUACACAAGUGAGGGAAUCUUG